AUGGUGGCGACGGCGGAGAGCGUCCAUGAACAAGGCCUGCCGGGCGGCGUGGAUGUGGUGGCGGUGGAGCGCGACGGGGCCGCGGAAGCUGCGGGUGGGAGGAGGAAGGGGAGCACCUCCGAGGGGGCCGCCAGAGCGUACGGCGCGGGGUGGGCGGCGAAGAAGAAGGCGCCGCCGCGGCCGGAGGCUCGGACCGAGUUCCGCGGCGUGUCCCGGACACCUGCCGGCAACUACGGGGCGCGGAUCGAGCACUCCAAGGGGCAAAAGCGGUGGCUCGGCACCUUCGACACCGCCGAGGAGGCCGCCAGGGCGUACGACGAGGCGGCCGUCAGGCUGCACGGCGCGCGGGCCGUGACGAACUACGAGCAGGACGGCGUCUACGGGUCGGCCGGCCUGGCGGCGGCAAAGAAGAAGAAGAAGCCGGCGGCGCCCAGGCCUGACGCCCGGACCGAGUUCGUCGGCGUGUCCCGGCAGCCGAACGGCAAGUACUUUGCGGGCCUAUGGGACUCGGGGAGGCGAAAGGUGGUGACCGUCGGAAGGUUCGACACCGCCGAGGAGGCCGCCGGAGCGUACGAUGCGGCGGCCGUCGGGAUGUACGGCGCCGCGGCCAGGACCAACUUCGAUCAAAAACCCACGGCGGCCGCGGCCAAGACCAACUUCGAGCAACAACCCACGGCGGCCGCUGCUGAUGGCUGGGAUGGGUCGUCCGUGGACCUCCUCAGUGACUUCCCGGAGCUGCCGGCCUGCAACGUCCGCUCGGACAGCAUCAUCCCAGGCCCGGCGCUCGACGAUCUCAGGACUGACGCUGACCUGACGCCGGCUGAGCGGCAGCAGGUGGACGAGUUCCUCAUCGACAUGGACUUCGCAAACGUGGUGGAUUAG